AUGAGUUCGUCGCGCUCUACGCCCGCAGCCAGUAGUCCUCGUAUCGCUGGAGUGAGAAAAAACAGAGCCAAGAAAGUGCAGGAAGCAGAUGUCGUACUUCAAGCACCCUUGAGUGUCUUGACCAAGGACUCUGACACACCCUUGAGGGAUAUGGAGGCAUGGGCCAACAGAUCGGUGGAAGAAAGACGUUCGGAGGUGACCAAAGCCAACAAGAUUGCGAGGCCUAUGAACAGGUUCAUGCUGUACCGUUCCGCAUAUGCUGAGCGUACCAAGAAAUGGUGCGACCAGAACAACCACCAGAUAGUGUCGAAAGUGACCGGCCAAAGCUGGAAGAAGCUGGAGCCCAAAGAGAUCAAGGAUUACUACGACCGACUGGCGACGAUAGAAAGAGAGAAUCAUCAGAGAGCAUUCCCGGAGUACAAGUUUUCACCU